AUGGCAUGGUUGGAGUAUAGUGUGAAGAAAGAUGCUGCAUUUUGUUUAUGUUGUUGUUUAUUCAAAAAUGAUUAUGUUCAUGGAAGCACGGGUGACUCUUUCACAAAAACGGGCUUUAAGGCUUGGAAUAAAGCUUCGAAAAGACUUGAUUUAAAUGUUGGUAAAGUAAAUAGCCUCUACCACACGUGUUUCAACAAGAUGCUAGACUUAUCAAAUCAAUCCCAAUCAAUUCAAGUUGCUUUUGAUAAGCAAUCUGAGAAACAAAGAAAUGAGCACCGAAUUCGUGUAAAUGUAUCAAUCGAUGUUGUAAGGAUAUUAGUUGAUGAGUCCAAAGAUAUUUCACACCAUGAACAAAUGACCCUUUCUUUGCAGUAUGUUUACAAAAAAGGCCAAGUGAACAAGCCAUUUAUUGGUCUUGUUCGCGUUCAUGAUACCUCCGCAAAGUCGUUGAAGGAAGCAAUACUUUCUUUGCUUAUGAAACACUCACUAAGUCUAUCCAAAAUACGUGGACAAGGCUAUGAUGGAGCUAGUAAUAUGCAAGGAGAAAUGAAUGGGGUUGUUAAAAAACAUAAGGAGGUGGAAACUUUCUUUGCUAUAGUUGCUAAUGUGUUGACUGUGAUUGGAGCAUCCUUUAAACGUAGAGAUCAACUUCGGGAUCAUCAUGCCAAAUUAUUGGAGCAAUUGCUAGAGAGUGGUAAAGUAUUGUUGAUGUCGAACGAGCUGAGUAAAGCUUUACAAAAGAAAGAGCAAGAUAUUGUCAAUGCCAUGUUAUUUCUUGACCUUACAAAGGAAAGGUUGCAACAAAUGAGAGAUGAAGGAUGGAAACCAUUAAUGGAUGAAGAGCUUAACCGUCGUUUUGAUGUUGUUAGUGGUAACUUGCUUCUUGGUAUGGCUAGCUUGAAUCUGGCUAACUCGGUUGCUAAUUUUGACAAAUAA